GACACACACGCAGUUAACUGACGCCCCAUUUCCCAUUUCCGAAACCUUCUUCAGUUCUUCCUCUCGUCUCUCGAGUACUGGCUCUGCUACCUGUCCAUCCAUCCAUCCAUAUAUUGAGCCCACCGCCCAUCCUUCCUUCGCUUCAUUUUCACGCACACCAACCGCUCUGCUCUGCGCUUCGAUUCCCCCGAGGCACCAGCAACAACGACCCCCCUGUUCGUUUCGGCGCAGUGCAGCCUCGGCCAUGGCCAUCGACCACGAGUCCCCUUUCAAGGAGCUCCGCCUCAAGAACAGGAGGAUCAUGGGCGCUGGCGCCCCUGAGCCGGAGGAGGAAGAGGACUUGGCGGCGGCGGCGGAGCCGGAGGAGCAGCAGUGGCCGCGGUGGCUGCGGCCGCUGCUGUCGGCGCGCUUCUUCGCGCAAUGCAAGACGCACGCCGACUCCCACCGGAGCCGCGGCGAGUGCAACAUGUUCUGCCUCGACUGCUCCGCCGCCACCGCCAUGGCCGCUUCCACGGCCGCCGCCGCGCACGCGCUGUGCUCGCAGUGCCUGGCCGAGGGCCACCGCGGCCACCACGUGACCCAGAUCCGGCGGUCGUCGUACCACGACGUGAUCCGGGUGUCGGACAUCGCGCGGUUCAUGGACAUCGCGGGGGUGCAGACCUACGUCAUCAACAGCGCCCGCGUCGUCUUCCUCAACGAGCGGCCCCAGCAGAAGAACAACCACCCGGGCAAGGCCAGCGGCGCCAAUGGCGGCGGCGGCGGCGCCAAUCUCUGCGAGGUCUGCAGCCGCAGCCUCCUCGACAACUUCCGCUUCUGCUCCCUCGGCUGCAAGGUCGCCGGCUGCUCCCCCUCCUCCGCCAGCGCCUCCUCCUCCUCCCUCCGCAAUGCAACCGCCGCGGGGAAACAGAGCUUCUCCCCGUCCACCCCGCCGCCGCCGCCUCCCCCGCCGGCGGCCGCCAAGCGGCGCAAGGGCAUCCCGCACCGGGCGCCCUUCGGCAACCUCAUCGUCGACUACUAGGCUCCGCCAUUGCUGCAAUCCACAUAUUGCCCCGGUGACAAAGCGGCCACCAUUGGCUUGGGUGCGGCUCGCCAUUGCUAAUGCCUUCCCCCCCGGUCGCCUUUGGUGGUGGUGCUUCUCGAUGUGGAUUCCAUUGCACCAUUAAUUAGCUUUUCCAGGAAGAAAGCAAAGCUAGCUAGAGCCGGAAAAGGGGGUGGACCUUGGACACACAACUGAAAAAGCUCCAGCCUUUUUCUGUUCUUACUGCUUAAUCAUUACCAUCCUUAGGACAGGAAACAAACAGAAUUACUCCUACAUUACAGAGAGAUUUUACUGUAUAUGGUUAUGAUCCUGCUCUGCUUCUUCUGUACUAGUCUUGGUUUUUGUGAUGUUCAUUCCUUCCUUGCCUUAGGUACUGCAGGUUAGUGGAGUAGUAAUAAGCAAUGCGGGUGCAGUCCGUGGUGAGCUAGCAAGAUUAAUUAGCUCAUCUCCGCUUCCUGCAUUGCCACUUGUUGAACAAGUUUUGUGAUGACUGUGCGUCAUUAGUGCUUUCUUGGUAUGUAAAUAUGGAGUGCUAGAAGCUUGCUAAAUCGUUUCUCUGCUUUU